UGACGUCCCUCAGCGAUGGCGGCGCCGGGCGAGGCGGCCCGUGAGGAGCGCGGGGCCGGCCCUGAGCAGCCCCCGGCACCCGCCGCCCCCGCGCAGGACGAACCGGCAGCGGCGGCCCAGGAGGAGCCCGCGGCCGCUGAGGGGGCGGUGGAGGCGGGAGAGGCCGGAGGGGGCGGCGAGAGCGGAGCCGAGGCGGUGGCGGAUGGGGAGCUGAGGAUCGCAGAGGGGGAGGUGGUGGAUGGGGAGGACCCCAGUCUGCAGUCUGCGGCCAAGAGGGUGAAGCUGGAGCUGAAGGAGAGGAAGGAGAAGAAGCAGAAAGUGGAUGAGGACGAGAUCCAGAAGAUGCAAAUACUGGUUUCUUCCUUCUCUGAAGAACAGCUUAACCGAUACGAGAUGUAUCGCCGGUCCGCAUUCCCCAAAGCUGCCAUUAAACGGCUGAUCCAGUCCAUCACUGGCACCUCUGUGUCUCAGAACGUGGUGAUCGCCAUGUCCGGCAUCUCCAAGGUCUUCGUUGGGGAGGUGGUGGAGGAAGCACUGGACGUGUGCGAGAAGUGGGGGGAGCUGCCGCCGCUGCAGCCCAAACACAUGCGAGAGGCGGUCAGGAGGCUCAAGUCAAGAGGACAGAUCCCAAAUUCCAAGUACAAGAAGAUCAUCUUCCACUGAGGCGUCGCAGCGGCAGCCAGGGAAGAGAAGUUAACGCAAGCUGUGAACCUCACAGCAGUUACAGCAGAGCUGUGGGACUGCAGCUCCGUUGGGAGCGUCGUGCGUAGACUUAAGGGAUUGCAGGAGGGAUUCCUGGCAUCCAAGCAGUCAGCAGGAGCCAAAUCCCUGCCCUGGAGCCUUGGGCUCCUCUGCUGCAACAGCACAGGGGUAGGAACGCUCACAGUCUUCAGUGCGUUUACCCACCAGGCCGCAGUUCCUGCUGGCAGCGAUGGAGCGGUGUCUGUGUACAGAAGUCUCUCUUUUAUACAUUAAACUCGUUACUGUCAUCUUGAUGUUGCUGGGAAGCGCCAAUUGUGUGAUGGGGUGAUUCAAAGCAGGGGCAGCGCAGCAGGGUGAUGUGUCUCAGCCGCCCCAGACAUGUUCCCGAAAUUUCGCCUUGCCUCUGGCACGCAUUGUUCCAUUGACAUAAGCAAGGGAACGUGCUGAAAAGCAAUGAGCCUGAAGCCAUCGCUCAGCUGCUCUUCCCAAACCCAGUUUUACUUCUAGAAAACAGGACAAUUCCAAAGGUGAAGGCAAGGGAAAGAGGGAGAAAAAACCCACGUGAGCCUGUAAGGAGGUUAACAAGUUUAAUUUCUUAUUAUGGUUCAUAGAACCAAUAAAUGCAUGAGUGGAAAUACACUGCAACAAAGUUCCAAUACUGCCUAAAACUCCAGUUGGGGUUCAGAGCUGCGUGUUACCCACCCGUACAGUCGUCCCCCCUGAGCACGCUGCUGCUAACGAUGGGUAACAAGAGGCUGAGGCCAUGUGCUCUUCCUUCGGCAACCACAGCGCGGUCACACGGAGGAUUAAGGUGGCUCUCAUCGUAACAGAAAAAGUCCUCAAAUGAAAGGCUCCAAACAGUAAACUUUGCUAACCGGCAUCAGCGGAGAGAGCGGAGUUUUUGUCCUCCCCUACAGAUGCCCUGUACAAAGGGAGUGGAUUUUGUUUUAACAGUGCUUUUUACUAGUACUUAAAGCAAUGGAAGUGCAUUAAUUCUUAACCAAAACGCGGGUGACGGGAGCUGCUGGAGCAAGGAAUUUGCUGUAAACAGCCUGGCUCAAGCUCUGGCUGGUCUGGGGGUGUGCGAGGGAGCAGCAAGGAGCUGUGAGACACGGCGAGAGGCACCACAGCCAGGGAAACCCUGGACACCCUGCUCCCUGCCCGAGCUGAGGCUGGACACCUCAAACAAAGAGUCAUGAAAAAGUGAGAAAGAAGAAACAAACCUCCCGUUUUCAAGCAAUACGUGAAGAUAAAGAACUAACAUCAUCGCAUUCCACCAAGGCAGGCAAGCAUUCCUGUAUUUCUUGCUUCGCACAGGAAGAGGGAGCGACCACAGAAGCACAAAGGUUUUGGCUGAACAACUUCUGCUCGUGUAGGCUUUGUGCAGCAGGUGAUGGUACUUACAGUGAGCUGUUGGUGGGGAUUCAUAGCGAGUCUGGAUGUGCAGAGGCUUUGUCACCUCCCUUCUUGCCAUAAGGACUGCUCACAGCAAGAGUUAUUUACUACAAAAGAGAACUUGCCGUUUACAACCCCUGCUUUUACCUCUGAGUUACUCCACGCACGAGGCAGUAUCGGUGAAGGAAAUGCCCACUGAUGAUUGAAAAGUUAAAGUGCAUUUUCCUCUAGGGAACAGGCGUGACAAGCUGCUCUCUAGGACACUUUCCAUUGCAGGCAGCACCUCAAAUCUGUCCUAUCGAAGGCUGCCUCGAGCAGGGACAGCUCACAGGUGUCCAACAGGAACGAGGAGGAGUGAUUCUCUCCCGUGGAAGAGGGAAGGCAGAAGUCACAGCAUCCAAACAUCACCCAGGGGGUGAGCUGGAGCACACUGUGUGCCACAGCAGAGAUUUCUGCAGCUCCACUCCCGUGCAGCUACGCCUCCUUCAAAUUCAUCUGUGGCUGCCUGCUCCCAGGGCUUCCAGGAGGAAGGAUGGGCUCUCGCCGCCCCUGUUUUAUCUGGUUGUAGGCACUGGUUCAUCAGAUGGUGGCAGAAAUGCUGGACUUCAGCGGCACAGCCCGCCCAAGCCUUCCGAUGGGGACAGAUCUUAUUCAAAGCUACCUUCGCUCUAAUGGAGCCAAACGCAGAACUAAGAUGAUGUUCUUCACUGCGACAGUUGUUUUAAUCACCGUCUGUCUCUUACAAACCCUCUUGUUUCACAGUGAAAGCUACCAACCACAAGGAAUUCACUCUCGGUUCUCCGCAAACCACAGACAGCGGUGCCUCCGCAUCCAGCCCAGCACUGGAAACAUGGUCCUGUUUCCCCUGGAGCUACCAAAGAACUAAAGCACUCUCAGGAGCACCGGUAAAGCAGAGGCAUCCGACAGCUCCAGAGCUGGGCAGAGGGACAGGGGUAUAAGAGGAAAAACAAACAUAACUCCCAAGUUAUUGGCUUGCUUUGUGUGUUUUCCAGGCCUCAGCUCAUCGUGGCUUGUCACUGAGAGGCUGUUCCUCGCGUAGUGAGUGGGAUUACAAUCUUGUAUUGCCUCGGCUGAACUAAUUCCAGUGUAGUAAUGCUUACAUUGAAGAAAAAAACAACAGAAAAAUCCACUACGUUAAAUAUUUGGGGAGAGAGUUGAGCUGAAAACACAAGGGUGCCCUUACAAACACCUUUCCAUCUGCUUAAUAAAGGAGGAUCGCAGAUAAUCUGCCCCUUUUCCGAGCACUCGGGGUGCAGCAAUCCCCACCUGUUCCACAUGCACUAAGGAGCCUGCGCAUCAGGAACAUCCCCAUGAACACAAAGUGCAGCUGGGAAAAUCCAAACCAAAGUCUGAAAUAGGAUAAAAUCCAACACACUCCAUACCCAGCAAAGAUGCUGUGAGUAACAGAGGAGGGAACGUAACACAGAGGGGUUGAAAGUUGCACCCUCCCAUGCCCAAGCACAGAGGAGGGUCUCUGGAACAGCUUCUCCCUUCACAGCUCCCCACCACGCAUGGCCAGGACUGGUGGAGCAAAGGAGCUGCGUUCUCAGCCUGUUCUUGGGACUGGAUUUUACUCUUCUAGUUCAUAAAUGACAUCUCCUUUUUGAAAUUAGUGUUUACUUCCUAUUUUACUGGGGUUUGCUUCUUCCCGUCGCACUGAUACAGUCUGUUUAAAUAUAAAUUAAGUCAGCCACUGACCACAGAGAAAGGCGAGGACACAAACCAUGCUCAGCCUGUGCCUCCUCUCUGCCCCACAGUGGGCAGUUAACGCUGUUAACUCCACCCAAGGGUCGUGCUCAGCACCCUAAUCCUGCCCUACACACCAACCAACCUGAGAGAGGACAUUUCAGACCAGGCAGGAGCUCAGCACUAAUCAAAAUCCACGGCCAUGCAGGAAUGCAGAAUUCCCUUGUGCAGCCAGCUCCGCUCGCCCUCUCUCCACUGGGGAAACUCCGGCGUACAAGGACAGCGUGUGUCCCAAAGAAAAGUCAGAGGUCUUCUCAUUCUGUACCCUAACGAGCUUCCUGCUCUUUGACAGUAAACUUAAAGAAAGCUUAAAUAGUGCUUUGUAAAGAAAUAAAUUAAUUCCUUUGUAUUGCUGCAUCAAUAAAGCCAAACCUCAUGGGAUUAAGUGAGAAUGAACCAGACUAAAGCUAAUCCACUACCAACUCUGUCUUGACACGUCAAACUACUGUUGAAAAAAAGAAGUUUGAAGGAAUUUCUUUACUAUCUUGACCCUGUUCUUGAUAGAAUAGUGAGCCUCGUCGCUCCUGCUCUGGGUUUGGAUGCAAUAGAGUUUUGUGAGAAGCUGGGAAAGGACACAGCCAGGACAGCUGACACAAGGUGGCCAAAGGGAUACUGGGUACCAGUGUGGCAUGUUCAGGAUGUCAGGGGAGGGUGGCAGCGUGGUGGGAUGGCUUAGCCAGGGAUU